AUGGGCACGGCCAGGAUCAUCGUGGGUCUGAAAAUCAACCUGAUUCUGUUUCACAUUGGCGCUGCCGGCCAGUGCACCGUCUCCGUCUCCCAGCCUCCCUACCUCGAGGUGGACUACACGCAAGAGGCCGUAAUCAUGGAGUGCUCCUUUGACACCUCGGGGUGCCCCCCGGAGCCCCCAGCCAGCCUGUGGUUUCGCUACGGUGCGCAGCAGACCGAGAGCCUGUGUGAGAAGGGAUGCCAGGGUGACAGAUUCACCGAGAAGAAGAACAUGGCCGAGAAGCAGGUUUCCCUCACGGUGAGCAAGCCGACCCCCAACGACAGCGCCAUCUACAUCUGUGGCAUCGCCUUCACGGCGUCGGUGGACCCAGGGGCGAAGCGGACAGGCAACGGGACCCUGCUGGCGGUAAGAGACACUAAGAUUCUCAGCAAGAGCAUGCAGAGUUUCCUGAUAGCUGUCUUAGCGCUGCUCUCUGUCUACAUCGCCGGCAUGACUGUGGUCUUCAUCAUCCUGCCCAAAACAAAAUCUAAGUGUCAAAGAAACAAAGAAACAGAAGACUCACAAAAGAAAAUGAGUGCUCGGCGCAUUUUUCAGGAAAUUGCUCAAGAACUAUAUAAUAAAAGACACAUGGAAACAAGCCAUCCACCUGACAGAGACAACACCUAUGAAAACAGAAGUGCGCUUUCCAAGUACGAAAGACCGUAGGAAGGUUUUAAUUUUCAAUCAAGUCAUCAGAAAUCCAACUGCAAACAUAACGGCAAUUAUUAACGGACAUACGCCCAUGAGGACUUUAAACAAUUCACUGGAAAUGGAAAAAGCACCUGGCUGUACGCAGAAUGAAUAUAAGGCAUCUCUAACAGUAAUUACCGAAACCCAACAAAACACAACCAAAAAUCAUGCCUGAAUUUGCCGGAAAACUUCUGAGGAGCUUUUUAAAAAAAUUUAAGGACUCGGGGCCGGAGCAAUAGCACAGCGGGUAGGGCAUUUGCCUUGCACGCAGCCGACCCGGGUUCGAUCCCCGGCAUCCCAUAUGGUCCCCCAAGCACUGCCAGGAGUAAUUCCUGAGUGCAAAGCUAGGAGUAACCCCUGUGCAUCGCUGGGUGUGACCCAAAAAGAAAAAAAAAAUUUUAAGGACUCUUCAAAGACUUUCAUAUUUGCUGUUUCACCCACAUGGGUGCAUGGUGACAUCCCCAACAAGGCCAAGAAUGAAGUUCUAUUAUAUGACUCAGUCUCAAGGAGAAUCAUCUUUAUGGGCCAUAGAACUGGCGCACAAUUAGACUACAUGGGAGGGAAGGGGAGUGCAAAGGUCGAAACCUGAGUUAAAGGAAAUCAUCUUGGAAAGUACCAAGGGGACCGGAGUGAUAGUACCAUGGGUAGGGCGCUUGCCUGGCACGCACCCAACCUCAGGCUCAAUCCCCGGCACCCCUGUGGUCCCUGAGCCUGCCAGGAGUGAUCAAUGGACACAGAGCCAAGAGUCAGUCUUGAGCACCACCGCCAGGGGUGGCCCGUCAGGGUGUGGUCAAUGGGCAAAGGUAUAACACACAUCUUCCUGCCGGAGUCUGUGACAUAACCAGCCUCACACUAAGUCACAGAAAGCGAGCCAAGGAUGUAACGGCCGAGAUGAUAAAGUGAGAAUAUGAAAGCUAAGGAAAUAGGAGCUGAAGCAAUAUAGUAUAGCGGGUAGGGCGU